GUGACGAAAUAAAACUGUUAUAAUUAUUAAAAAAAAUAAUAAUCUUGACUCAUUAAAUUAGUAGGUAGUCAUUAUGCGCUAUGGAUUAUGUAUUUUUGAAUCUAAACAUUAAUUAUUAAUGUGUUAUUAGAAUAAUUUUGAAACCUUCAGCAUCAAUUUAACGGAUUAUUGUUACUACGUUUGUUCAUUAGAAAUUAAAAAAAUUAACUAUGAAGAGAAUCAAUAGGCAGCUUUUAAAAAUUUUCAAUUUCAAGAGACUGUACAGUCAAGAUGUGCUACAAAAGAAAAUCAUACCGGUUUUGGAUUCAGAAAUUCACUUACCAGAACCCGAAUAUGAUAUAGAUUUUUGGUGCAAUCCAUUUAACCGAGAUUUGAUAGUUAAAAACAUUUCAAAGAGAAAAAGUCAUGCAGACAUUAAUAGAAUUCUGCAGUUGCAUCAAAAUUCCCAUUCUCAGGAAGAACUUAUAAACGAAAUACGAAAAAUUCCUAAUCUUACAGAUCCCAAAGUUCUUGAAUACAAGGACAAUGAGCCUUGCGUUCUUAGAAAAAUGGGAGAGCAGCCUACUUUUAGAUUUAAACCACAAGAAUUUUCUCAAAUAAUGGCGAGAUUGAAGUUAUUGAAAAGCGAUCGUCUAGGCCCAGUAACAGGGUCCAAGAGUUACAUUCUCAUGGAUGAUCUGGCUGAACUGGAGCAGGCUCUUGUCAAAUAUACUAUCAAAGAACUGUUGAAAAAUAACUUCCAUCUGAUCUCUGUACCAGAUAUUUUACCUUCCCAAGUCAUUGAAAGGUGUGGACUUAUCAGUGAUGGUGAGAGAAAACUGGUGUAUGAGUUGGAGCCAUUUUAUGGCGACGAUUUAAGUCUGUCAGGUACAGCUGAGAUGGCUUUAGCUUAUAAAUUGUCAAACAAAAUAUUCUCUCCUCACGAGUUACCCUUGAAACUUGCCGCUGUGAGUAGAUGCUACAGAGCUGAGAUUUCACAGCUGGCUGAUGAAAGAGGCAUUUACAGAGUUCAUCAGUUUACCAAAGUUGAAAUGUUUGUUUGUUCCGAUCAAGAAAAAUCAAUUGAAAUAAUGGAUCAAAUUGUUGCACUGCAGGAAAAAUUAUUUGGGCAGUUAGGAUUGUAUUAUCAAGUAUUAGAUAUGCCUCCUAAUGAAUUGGGAUCACCAGCUUAUAGAAAAAUCGAUAUUGAAGCUUGGAUGGUAGGCAGAAAAAAAUUUGGCGAAGUGUCAAGCUGCAGCAAUUGCACGGACUAUCAAGCGCGAAGACUCAACAUUAAGUACAAAACGAAAGAUGAUCAAAUUUUACAUGUGCAUACUUUGAAUGGAACAGCUUGUGCAGUGCCCCGUAUGCUUAUCGCGAUUUGCGAAACACAUCAAAAGAACGACAAUAGCAUCGCUGUGCCAAAAGUUUUGCAAGAAUUUAUGAAUGGUAAAAGUUUUAUACAGAAAAGUGACGCACCACGAACUAAAGUAUUCAAAAGUAAUCAAAAAGUUAAUUGA